GAACGCAAUACUCGUAUUAUGCCGUGGCGCAGGGAUAUGACGUGAGCGAGGUCAUUCAAAAUGGCAGCGCUAGCGUCCUUGAUGCUUAAGACCAGAGCAGGUCUGCUGGUAACUGGUCAAUGCUCUCUGCUGGACUCCGUGAGAUUUGCAUCUAAGAAGGCUGGUGGUAGUAGCAAGAACCUUGGAGGAAAGAGCCCUGGUCGAAGAUUUGGCUUCAAGAAACAGGAUGGUCAUUUUGUCCAUGCUGGUAACAUCCUUGCAACACAGAGGUUUAUGAGGUAUCAUCCAGGAGCACAUGUGGGGAUGGGAACCAACAAGACACUCUUUGCUCUGGAGGACGGUUAUGUGCGAUUCACCAAGGAAGUCUACAUUCCACCACCCCGAAGCCCUGAGGCCACUCAGGUCAUCACCAAGCUACCACAAGGAGCUGUGCUCUACAGUACCUUCAUCAACAUCCUGCCAGUAAAACAGAAAGUCCAAUUCAGACUGGUGGACAUGGUGUAAAACACAGUGGACUGGGAUAUCGUUCAUCACUGGUAUUCUUGCACUAGUCAAGAACAAUGAGGAUAUGUUUUGACUGACACUUUGACUUCCAGAGAACUAAGUGUACCAGGAGUCAGUGGAAACCUGCCAACCGUUGACCCUUUCUGAGCUUCCUUUCUCUGAGUUACAGAAUUAUGUAACACUCUCAGCAGGAUCUAAACAGAAGUCCAGCUCAAACUCUCACAUGAAUUUACAAUUUAUUUACAUAAAACAUAAAUUAAUUUUCAGAAAGGAUCUUAAGUGAAGAUGUAUGCAUUUCCUGUAGUCAGGAUGGAUUAUCUGUCAAAUAAGCAGUUAGCAACUGUGUGAGUCCUGUAUUUUCCAAAAGUUGAAUUCCGAUAAAGCCCCAUGAUACUGGAAGUGUGAAGAAGGUAGACGUACAGUAUAUACCAAGGUAACCGUAACUGAUGUCUGGUAAGUGAGCUGCUUUACACAGUCACUUCACCCAGGACUUACUACCUUUCUGAACUGUGCCAGCCUUGCUGUAAUAAUAUCUACAAAAUUAAAGUUAUUUAUGUGAAAGCCUUA